AUGUCUCUCCUCCCGGUACAUCGCACGUCCUCUCAAUCCUCCACGCUUCGACCCGACGCUCCGGGAAGAACGGAUCGUCUCCACCCUUCGUCCACCCAGAGCACUACCACCGAUGUAGCUGGUGAUGGAACCGAGCUCGGGGAUGAGAAAUCCAAGUGGAGCCGAGAGAACGAUGAAGAACAAGUAGAACCCUCUGGGAGCAAACGAGACGAAUACCAAGAAAAGGGUGUGAUCGAAGUUGAACACGAAGGUCAGACACGUAAACUCAAAGUGGUCGUUGAGCAAAAGACUGGUAAAGAGUUGUACACUCCGGCCAGUGGUGGACCUUAUACUCAGCCAAGAUGGCGACAUUCUUUACCCUUCGUCAAACGAAAAUAUCCCCCGCCACCCGCUCCACUUUCCCUCGACGAUGCUAAAAUCACUCCACAAGUCACCGCUGGCAUAUUUAGUCAACUUUUCUUCAAUUGGGUCACUCCGAUAAUGGCCUUAGGUGCUGCUCGUCCACUUGAACCUACAGAUUUGUGGAAGAUGGACGACGCCCGAUCGGCCAAACCUUUGGCGGCAAAGCUAGCGGCGGCAUAUGAGAGACGUACAAAAUUGGCUGAAGAUUACAAUGCGCAUCUUGCGGAUACGACUACUUCCCUCCCAUGGCCUCAGAAUUGGAUGUACCCAUUACUUCCCCAUCGACAGAAGCGCGAACAUGACUAUCGAACUAAACACGGCAAGAAACAUGCGUCGCUGGCAAUGUCGCUCAGCGAUACGUUCGGUUGGUAUUUUUGGAUUGGGGGUCUGAUCAAGGUAUUCGGUGAUGUUUCCACAGCCACCACGCCACUAGUCAUGCGCGCCCUUAUCUCUUGGUCUACAAAAUACCAACUCGCCCGACAGAGUCAUGGUACAAUGCCUUUCCCAGCUGUCGGCCACGGUGUUGGCCUAGCUUUUGCCUUGUUGAUCAUGUUAGUCGUCGGGUCAAUGACGGUACAUCACUUUUUCGUUCGAAGUAUGAGUGUGGGAGUGCUAGGAAGAGGGGCUAUCAUCUCGUCAGUCUACUCACGAGCCCUGCGAUUGACUCAGAAAUCCAGAGGAGAACUACCUAAUGGGAAGUUGGUCAAUCACAUUUCUACCGAUACCAGUCGAAUUGAUUUCGCUGCUGGUUUCUUCCACCUCAUCUGGACAUCUCCCAUCCAGUUCGUCGUCAUCAUGAUCAUUCUCCUCGUUGAGAUCGGAUACUCCGCCCUGCCGGGUAUCGCAUUUCUGGCUUUGGCGACCCCGCUACAGUUCAAUUUCAUGAAAACCCUAUUCUCAAUUCGAAAGAAGAGUAUGGUGUGGACGGACAAACGUGCUAAACUGCUACAAGAGAUUCUCGGCGGUAUGCGUAUCGUCAAACUCAUGGCUUGGGAAAUCCCCUUUUUGAAUCGACUAAAAGCCAUUCGCGGAAUGGAACUGAAAUACGUUCGAAAGCUCAUGAUCAUGCGAUCUGGUAUGAUGGCUUUUGCCAUGUCUCUCCCCCUCCUCGCUGCCAUUCUCUCCUUUAUCACCUACUCCCUCACUGCACACGAAUUGCAAGCAGCAACUAUCUUCUCCGUCAUCACUCUGUUUCAACUCAUGCGACUUCCGUUGAUGCUAUGGCCCAUGUCGCUUUCCGCUACUGCCGACGCGCUAAACGCUCUCGGAAGAUUGGAGAAAGUGUUCGACGCGGAGAUUAUCACCGAGACGCGGCGAAUUGAUCCGAGUAUGGAAGAUGCAGUCCGAGUGGAACAUGCUUCCUUCACGUGGGAUGCUGCUCCUGUUGUCGAGGAUGGCUCGUUGAAGAAGCUGAAAGGUAGAACGGCGGCGGCUAUUACGGGUGAAGCUCAGGGACCUAAAACAAGUAAGAAGGAGAAGAAGUCUAAGCAUCUGAAGCGUAUGUUAUGGCACAAGAAGAAAGGCAAAGUUGAUUUGGCCCAGCAGGCACAAGCUGAGGUGGCUGCAGGAAGACCUGGAAUAGGAGAGGCGAGUAGUUUUACAGGUGGGCCAUUGGGAAGUGAGCCGGGGCUUAAGGAGAAAGAUGAGCAAGAAUCUGUGGACCGAAUAUUCAAUUUGAAAGAUAUCGACCUGGCUAUACCUCGAGGUUCUCUCACCGCCAUCGUAGGCGCAAUCGGAUCGGGCAAGUCGUCAUUGCUUCAAGGACUAAUGGGCGAGAUGCGUAGGACAGACGGGAAAGUGACAUUCAGCGGAUCGACUGCACUAUGUGCUCAGACUCCAUGGAUUCAAAACGCCACCGUUAGGGAGAAUAUCGUAUUUGGUCAACAAUGGGAUGAAGAGAGGUAUUGGGCGGCUGUCAGAGAUGCUUCUCUUGAAGCAGAUUUGGAACUUUUGGAAGAUGGGGAUGGUACGGAAAUUGGAGAAAAGGGAAUUAAUCUUUCCGGUGGACAGAAACAACGUGUCAACAUCGCUCGGGCGAUAUAUUUCAACGCCGAUAUCAUCGCUUUAGAUGAUCCUCUUUCAGCUCUUGAUGCCGGUGUGGGUAAAGCCGUCUUUUUCAACGCCAUCGUUGGUGCUCUUUCUGGCAAAACCAGAAUCUUGGUCACUCACGCUCUACACUUCCUCCCUUACGUCGAUCAUAUCAUUCUCAUGGACGAAGGUCGUGUAGCCGAACAAGGGACCUAUAGAGAAUUGAAAGCAUCCGGUAAGGCGUUUGCUCGUCUCAUCAGCGAAUUCGGUGCAGAAGACGAAGCCAACGCAGCUGAAGCCAAUGAACAAGAAGCCAUCACAGCUGCUACAGCUGCCAAGAAGUAUGAUCGAGCGGACCUUGUCUCGAAAGGUGUUGGAAGGGCGUUGAUGCAAGCUGAAGAACGUAAUUCCGGUGCUAUGAGAAAUGGGACUUAUUGGAAUUAUCUAAAAGCUGGAAAAGGUCAAUACGUCUUUCCCGCUCUUAUCCUAGCUGUCUCUGUCGCUCAAGCGUUCACCGUCAUGACAUCUUUCUGGUUGGUUUAUUGGGAAGAACGUCGUUGGCCAAAACCGAACGGAUGGUAUAUGGGUAUUUAUGCUGCUCUCGGUGUCGGUUCUGCCAUUUCGCUAUUCCUCCAAGGAUUCUCGAAUGCACUUCUCACAUACUUUGCUUCUGUCGAAUUACAUCGUUCGGCCAUAACUAGGGUCAUGUUUGCUCCUCAAAGUUUCUUCGACACAACUCCCUUGGGUAGAAUCAUGAAUCGUUUUUCCAAAGAUAUCGAUACCUUGGACAAUACUCUAGGAGAUGCUAUGAGAAUGGCAGUAUCGACAUUAGGUAACAUCAUCGGUGCUACUGUUUUAUUGGCGAUUAUCGAACCUUACUUCCUCAUCGCCAUGGCAAUAGUAAUGGUACUUUACGCACACAGUGCUGGGUUCUAUCGACGAUCUUCUAGAGAAUUCAAACGUAUAGAUGCGGUCUUACGUUCUUCUUUAUAUUCACAUUUCUCCGAAUCACUUUCCGGUAUAGCUACCAUUCGUUCAUAUGGUGAAUCCGAACGUUUCUUCGAAGAUAACGUCAAACGAAUGGAUGUUGAAAAUCGAGCUUAUUACUUGACCAUUAUCAAUCAAAGAUGGUUAGGAAUGCGACUCGAUUUCUUUGGUGCUCUUUUAACAUUUUCAGUCGCUCUCAUCGUCGUUUUAGCUCAUACUAUAUCAGCCGCAAAUGGUGGUUUAGGAUUAUCAGUUAUGGUAACUGUUCAACAAAGUUUUUCUUGGUUAGUUCGACAACUCGCAGAAGUCGAAAAUGAUAUGGUCGGAGCUGAACGUGUGAUUUAUUAUAGUAAAGAUUUAGAACAAGAAUCACCUCAUGAGAUAAAAGAAAAUAAACCAUUUUCAGAUUGGCCAAAAGAAGGAAAGAUAAAAAUGGAAAAUGUUCGAUUGAAAUAUCGACCUGAAUUACCAGAUGUUUUAAAAGGAUUAUCAUUAUCAGUUGGAGCAUCUGAAAAAAUAGGUAUAGUAGGUAGAACCGGAGCUGGAAAAUCUUCAAUCAUGGUAGCUUUAUUUCGUCUUGCGGAAUUAUCAAGUGGAAGUAUAUCUAUAGAUGAUUUAGAUAUAUCUAAAAUUGGUUUAAACGAUUUACGUUCAACUGUUUCUAUAAUACCACAAGAUCCAUUACUUUUUUCAGGAACUUUAAGAUCGAAUAUAGAUCCUUUUCAUACACGUACAGAUUUAGAAUUAUAUGAUACUUUAAAAAGAGCUCAUCUCGUUUCUUCCGAUUCCAGUCUCGAUGGUCAAAGUCAAGGGAAUAGAUUUACUUUGGAUACUGUUAUAGAAGAAGAAGGUGGGAAUUUAAGUGUAGGAGAAAGAAGUUUAGUUUCUUUAGCAAGAGCUUUAGUCAGAGGUACCAAGAUUUUGGUUUUAGAUGAAGCUACAGCAAGUGUGGAUGUUGAUACAGAUUCGAAAAUACAAGAAACCAUAAGAACGGAAUUUAAAGAUAAAACUUUAUUAUGUAUAGCUCAUAGGUUAAGGACUAUAUUGAGUUAUGAUAGGAUUUUAGUAAUGAGUGAUGGUCAAGUUGCUGAAUUCGACACUCCUAUGAACCUUUAUCGAUUAGGUGGAAUCUUCCAUGAAAUGUGUAUAAAGAGUAGUUUGACGGAAGAUGAUAUCAGGGUGAGUGGUAUCGAUUCCACACUCUGA